GACAGUACCGAGGGGGAUCUCGGGUCAGCCAAUCCCGGCCCGAAGAUUGUGUUGGGGGUCCUGGCAGGGGGUGUUCCGACCCCCCCCCCGUUCUGAGCAUCCUGGGGGAUGACCCCGGUGCCAGGCCCGGCGUCGGCCGCCUGAUGCCGGGCAGGCCGAGCCGGGGAUGCUGGAACGAAGGGCGUUGCUAUGGCAACGGGAGGCAGGACCUGGGGGGGGAGCCCAGGCCCGAGCUGGGGCCGGGGGGGCUGGCGGUGGCUGUGGCGGGGCGAUGGCGGAGCGCGGCCCGGCCUUCUGCGGCCUCUACGACACAUCCUCCCUGCUUCAAUACUGCAACGAUGACAAUUUGUCGGGCACGAGCGGGAUGGAGGUGGACGACCGCGUGUCGGCGCUGGAGCAGCGGCUGCAGCUGCAGGAAGACGAGCUGGCGGUCCUAAAGGCCGCGCUGGCUGACGCGCUGCGUCGCCUGCGGGCAUGCGAGGAGCAAGGCGCUGCUCUGCGCGCGCGGGGCACUCCCAAGGGCCGGGCGCCUCCGCGCCUAGGCACCACAGCUUCGGUGUGUCAGCUCUUGAAAGGCCUUCCCACUAGGACGCCCCUCAAUGGCUCGGGACCCCCGCGGCGCGUGGGCGGCUAUGCCACGUCCCCAUCCUCCCCCAAAAAGGAGGCGACCUCCGGGCGCAGUGCCCGCCGCUACUUGUCACCAGAGCGCCUCGCCUCAGUGCGCCGCGAGGACCCCCGCAGCCGCACCACAUCCUCUAGCAGCAAUUGUAGCGCCAAAAAGGAAGGCAAAACCAAAGAAGUUAUCUUCAGCAUGGAGGAGGGCUCCGUGAAAAUGUUCCUGAGGGGCCGCCCUGUGCUCAUGCUGAUCCCCGACGAGCUGGCACCCAGCUACAGCCUGGAUACACGCUCCGAGCUGCCUUCCCGCCGUCUCAAGCUGGACUGGGUCUAUGGCUACCGUGGCCGAGACUGCCGGGCCAACCUUUACCUGCUGCCCACGGGGGAGAUAGUGUACUUCGUGGCCUCUGUGGCUGUGCUAUACAGUGUGGAGGAGCAGAGGCAGCGGCACUACCUGGGACACAAUGAUGACAUCAAGUGCCUGGCUGUCCACCCUGAUAUGGUCACCAUCGCCACUGGACAGGUGGCAGGCACCACUAAGGAGGGGAAGCCACUGCCGCCCCACGUGCGCGUCUGGGACUCCGUUUCCCUCUCCACCUUACACGUACUGGGCCUGGGGGUGUUUGACAGAGCUGUGUGCUGUGUGGGCUUUUCCAAAUCUAAUGGGGGCAACCUCCUCUGUGCGGUAGAUGAGUCCAACGAUCACAUGCUUUCUGUGUGGGACUGGGCCAAGGAGACCAAGGUGGUAGAUGUCAAGUGCUCCAAUGAGGCCGUGCUGGUGGCCACCUUCCACCCCACAGACCCCACCGUGCUCAUCACCUGCGGGAAAUCCCACAUCUACUUCUGGAACCUAGAAGGAGGCGGCAUGAGCAAACGGCAGGGCCUAUUUGAGAAACACGAGAAACCGAAGUACGUGCUGUGUGUGACCUUUUUGGAGGGUGGCGAUGUGGUCACCGGGGACUCUGGGGGGAACCUCUAUGUCUGGGGCAAAGGUGGGAACCGUAUCACACAGGCCCUGCUGGGUGUCCACGAUGGCGGCGUGUUUGGGCUCUGCGCCCUGCGGGACGGGACGCUGGUGUCAGGAGGGGGCCGCGAUCGGCGGGUGAUCCUCUGGGGUUCCGACUACAGCAAGCUGCAGGAGGCGGAGGUCCCCGAGGACUUCGGCCCCGUGCGGACCAUAGCGGAGGGCCGGGGUGACACGCUGUACGUGGGGACCACCCGCAACUCCAUCCUGCAGGGCUCUGUCCACACUGGCUUCUCGCUGCUCAUCCAGGGCCACGUGGAAGAGCUAUGGGGCCUGGCCACACACCCCAGCCGGGGACAAUUUGUGACAUGUGGUCAGGAUAAGUUGGUGCAUCUGUGGAGCGUGGAGUCCCACCAGCCCCUGUGGAGUAGGAUCAUCGAGGACCCGGCCUACUCUGCUGGCUUCCACCCCAGUGGCUGUGUCCUGGCCAUUGGCACGGCGACUGGCAGAUGGCUGCUGCUGGACACGGAGACCCAUGACCUGGUGGCCAUCCAUACAGAUGGGAAUGAACAGAUCUCAGUGGUCAGCUUCUCUCCAGACGGGGCGUACCUGGCCGUGGGCUCCCACGACAACUUGGUGUACCUGUACACGGUGGACCAGGGCGGCCGCAAGGUCAGCCGCCUGGGCAAGUGCUCGGGCCAUUCCAGUUUUAUCACCCACCUGGAUUGGGCCCAGGACAGCAGCUGCUUCGUCACCAACUCUGGGGACUACGAGAUUCUGUACUGGGACCCAGCUACCUGUAAGCAGAUCAUUACUGCAGAUGCUGUGAGGAACGUGGAAUGGGCCACGGCUACCUGUGUCCUGGGUUUUGGCGUGUUUGGGAUCUGGUCUGAGGGAGCAGAUGGUACUGACAUCAAUGCCGUGGCCCGUUCCCAUGAUGGGAAGUUGCUGGCUUCAGCUGAUGACUUUGGCAAAGUCCACCUGUUUAGCUACCCCUGCUGUCAGCCUCGAGCUCUCAGCCACAAAUACGGCGGACACAGCAGCCAUGUGACAAAUGUGGCCUUCUUGUGGGAUGACAGUGUGGCCCUGACCACAGGGGGCAAGGACACCAGCGUGCUGCAGUGGCGGGUGGUCUGAACUGGCAGGUGGGGGGGUUCCCAGGAACAUGGGGCCCAGGUAGAGUCAGGUGGCAGUAUUGGAAUUCUAUUUUCGGGAGAUGUCUAUUGCCGAGUAGAGUAAUAUAUACCCAGAGUAUGUCUAUAGCAAAGGGGGUUAUGGGGGUGGGAGGGUGGACU